AUGGGGAACAGCUUACCUUCUACUGCCGCCGUUGUUCGGUUCUGCCAGAAACUGAACAGAGUGAAGACUCUGGAAGAUGACUUAAUGGAGACAUCGCUAAAGAGAUGCCUUUCCACUCUUGACCUCACCCUUUUAGGCGUGGGUGGAAUGGUGGGUUCUGGUCUUUAUGUACUUACAGGCACUGUAGCCAAGGAAAUAGCAGGCCCAGCUGUGGUCGUAUCAUUUUUUAUUGCCGGAAUUGCCUCUCUGCUCGCAGCUCUGUGCUAUGCUGAAUUUGGUGCACGGGUGCCAAAAACUGGUUCUGCAUACAUGUUUACGUACGUUUCAGUUGGUGAACUUUGGGCAUUUCUGAUUGGCUGGAAUGUGAUCUUAGAAUAUAUGAUUGGUGGUGCAGCGGUGGCAAGAGCUUGGAGUGGCUAUUUGGACUCCAUUUUUGACCACAAAAUAAAAAACUUUACUGAAAUUCAUAUUGGAACCUGGAAUGUGCAGUUCUUGGCUCACUACCCUGAUUUCCUUGCUGCAGGAAUCUUGCUGUUUGCCACAGCAUUUAUAUCAUUUGGGGUUAGGGUGUCAUCCUGGUUGAAUCACAUCUUUGCUGCCAUUAGUAUGGGAAUCAUACUUUUCAUCCUUGUAUUCGGCUUCAUCCUGGCAGAACCAAAGAACUGGUCGGCUGAACAUGGGGGCUUUGCUCCAUUUGGGUUUUCCGGCAUUAUGUCUGGCACUGCCACAUGUUUUUAUGCCUUUGUUGGGUUUGACGUUAUUGCAGCAUCAAGCGAAGAAGCCAAGAAUCCUCAGAAAGCUGUUCCCAUUGCAACAGCUGUGUCUCUAGGCCUUGCCACAGGGGCGUACAUUCUGGUGUCCACUGUCCUGACUCUCAUGGUGCCUUGGAAUACAUUAGUACCCGACUCUGCCCUUUCUGACGCUUUUUACAGGAGAGGAUAUUCUUGGGCAGGAUUUAUUGUAGCUGCUGGAUCCAUUUGUGCUAUGAAUACAGUUCUGCUAAGUAACCUCUUCUCCCUACCAAGAAUUGUGUAUGCCAUGGCUGAAGAUGGACUUUUCUUUCAGUUUUUCUCCAAAGUAAACCCAACCACCAAAGUACCAGUCAUUGGAAUUGUGGUGUUUGGUAUCCUGAUGGCUCUACUUGCUUUGAUUUUUGACUUGGAAGCCCUAGUGCAGUUUCUUUCUAUUGGCACCUUGCUGGCCUAUACCUUUGUUGCAGCUAGUAUCAUCGUAUUGCGAUUUCAGCAAGAGAAAUGUGACACUUCAGCUGCAGAUAGGAUCAUUGGGGAGGAAAUGAAGGAAUACGAGUCUUUCUCUGAUAAGCUUCAGUUGGUUGAAAGUCAGAAAAAAGCCAAAGAGCGUAGAGAAAAAACUGGACACUUGAAAGCCGCCUUUGAACCAUACCUUAGGUUCCUGAGUGACUGUUAUCCUGGAGAGGUGGUCACUAUUGCAGUUGUGACAAUGAUGGUCUCUGCCAUCUGCUUGUGCUGCGUCUUGGUUUUUGGAAACAACCAUUUACAUCUUCCCACAUGGAGUUUUUAUCUUCUGCUUGUCAUCUUCCUGAUUGGGUUCCUCAUCAGCCUGUUCUUAAUCUGGGUCCAUGAGCAGCAAAAGAAAACAAAUACCUUUCAGGUCCCACUUGUACCUCUGAUUCCAGCUUUGAGUAUCCUGUUAAACAUAUAUCUCAUGCUUAAGCUGAACACUAUGACAUGGGUGCGAUUCUCAGUAUGGCUUGCUGUUGGGCUUAUUGUCUACUUUGGUUAUGGUAUCUGGCACAGUAAAGAGAACUUGCGAGGACCGAAGAACCAUGGGGUCACCGCACGCUAUGUAGUGUUUCCAAACAGCAGCCUCGAAGAAACCGUGCAACAGGUCCAGCCAAACCUUCAGGACACCAUGGGAAGGGCAGAGGUCUUAGAUGAAGAAAUCCAGAAGAGAUGA